GUGGUGCUGACUACACUCUCUACCUCUUCUCUUAUUCUGCCUUGCUUUGCCGCCUCAACCACACAUACACCCUCUCUCUCACAGCCUCUCACACCCUCAGGCCUCCACACCGCUGCAGAAAUGGCAGACGCUUUCGUUGGCACAUGGAACCUCAAGGAGAGCGUGAAAUUUGAUGAAUACAUGAAGAAGCUGGGUGUGAGCUUUGCUACACGUCAGGUGGGAUGUCUGACCAAGCCCACUACCAUCAUCUCAGUGGAAGGCGACAAGGUGACGGUGAAGACCCAUAGCACCCUUAAGAACACAGAGCUCUCCUUCAAGCUGGAUGAGGAGUUUGACGAGACCACCGCCGAUGACAGGAAAGUUAAGUCCAUUGUAACAAUAGCUGAUGGGAAGUUGGUGCACGUACAGAAGUGGAACGGCUUGGAGACCAGUCUUGUCAGGGCCGUCGACGGCAACGCCCUCACGCUGACACUUACAAUGGAUGAAGUUGUUUGCACACGUCACUACGUGAAGGCAGACGCCUGAAACCUCCCUUCAGCAUCUACUUGCGUCAGCUAAAGCCCUGCACCCCCAAACUCCUCAACACCCCUCAAUGUCCCUUCAUACUGUACGCUCAGUAUUAACGUUACUGCUGACUGUGACCUCCCUGUUCUUUUCUUUAUACUGUUGUUCCUCCUACUGUAAGAAACACUGAAUAAAUUCCAAUGAUUUGUUGUUGUUUUUUUUUUCUCUAAAAAUCCAGUUCUGCAUAAUUUCUUUACUUUUUUUAAAAAAAAUGUGUUAUGCACUGUGCCUAUGAUAAACCUGGAAAAGUGUUUGAAUUUGAAAGUUUCUAUAUUGAGACCUGAAAAAAUAAAUAAAGCGUCUACACAAACAAUGAAAA